CGCACGAUGAGCCCUGCACGAGCCCUGAUGGUUCCGGCCCUGGCCAUGGCCUGCCUGCUGGCGGCGGCCGACGCCUUCCCGCAAGGGUAUGAGCCAGAGCCGGUCUACGGCUACCAGCCGGAGCAACCGUACGGCCGCGACAAGUUUGUGGUGGCGGAAAUCCAGCCCCGACAAGGCUACGGCAAACCCUCCUACGGACGCGUGAAAAUACAGACGUACCGCGGGCCCAGCAAGGGUCACGGCUACGACGUGUUCGCGCCCUGGGGCUAUUACGUCACGCAGCCCGAGGAUGAUAAGGGCUACGGUUACCACUGAGCCGCGGACGUCAUGACGUCAGAGCGGGAUAAGGUAAGCAUCUGCCCAUCGCUGUCAGCAGGUUGUCAUAGUCAGCCGGAUGUCGAAUGAUCCUAAAUCGCACGUUAGCUAAGUCGUUAGUGUUAAUGAACGAUUCGUUUUCUUCCUUAAAGGUUGAUAUCAGCGUUCACGCCACUGAUCCGCUUGUGUGAGUGAUAGGCAUUUAUGACCUCCAGCUGUUCUGCAUGUCUGUGUCCGUGGAAGUGCCUGGUCUUUAUCCAGGGUUUGCUCUGACAUUUAGCACUGAUAAAUGCUGGGACUCGGUAUGAGCUAAAAUAUGAAUCUUCUGUAUAAGCUAACUCGAAAGCACGAACUCGAACCUCUGUGUCACAGGUCACAUGACGAGCAGAAAUUGUCCACAAAAAACUUCCGAGGAGCUGAAAUAGGGCCCUGGUGGAGCUGGAGCUUUAAUGGUGGGGUCAGGGCCAAGGGUCAGGGUCAAUGGUCAGGGUCAAGGUCCGCGCUAGAAAUAAUCGGCCGCACGGUCGUGGUGCAGCUAACGCCCUAUCGAUGUUCCAGAUGAUGUGCCCACUAGUCUUUUCAUCAGCCGGGCUCUUCCGCGAUCCGAAGUCACCCCCGGCCUCUAGGCCGACGUGACCUUGUGCGACCUUGGACGACCCCUGCUGACAUCAGCUGGCAGCGCAGUGCCGCACUUCCCUUGCCGGUGCGCCACAUGUUCAUUGUUCUUGGCUGCAUUGCGCAUGCGUUCGCAUUGAAUAAACAUCGCGUGUUGGAAGCCCUGUUGCAAGACAUCACGACCCUCAUGACAGAGGAGUGAAUAGCAAAGGCGAUAUGUACGGACCAGGGUCAUACUGGAACUAAAUUGUGUCCAAGGUAUGAUAUGCUGGGACUUGCUUGGUAAUAUACAAUGUCAACGUGAACAAAUCGAGGUGUGCCUCCACUUCCGUGUGGGCACAGGACACCUCGGUGUGAAAUAUACAAAGCGAAUUGU